AUGGCUUUGACUUCAUCAGCAAGAGCCAGAGGUACAGAGAUCUCUACUAAGUAUACCAAACCCAUAGGAUCCUUUACAUUUUUGAUAGCUUGGCUAAUUGCCGUAUUUUCUUAUUGCCAUGCAGGUCAAAGGAUCAAAGACAAGACUAUAUCCAUCGGUGAUGCAUUAUAUGAAUCCAAGUGGUACAAUGCCGAUAAUGAGACUAUGAAAGAUGUGCAGUUCAUAUUAAUGAGAUGUCGAAAGCCGAUAUGCUAUGAAGCGAUACCUCUGGGAAUAACCGAUUACCCCUUUUAUUUUAUGAUGAUCAAAACUGGAUAUUCUUAUUUCACAUUGUUAAACCAGUCUACAUAGAUGUGAAUGGUAUUGCUUUCGGAAAUUGACACAACAAAUAAAACACAAUUUAGAAAUAGCGAUCUUUGAUUUCACCAUAAGCAACCGAUUAUUCCCUAUUGGAAUAUGUACUUCUAAACAAAAAGGCAAGAUGGAACACCAUAAAUUUUCAACAGAUUUUCAUUUAUAUGUAGAUUUAUAAAGCAAUAAAAAUCUAGC